UCCUGCUAUUGUUUGUAUUUCUCCACGGCCGUUCAAUCGUAUACAUGAAUUAUCUAAAAUGUUUAAGUGAAUAAAACAAACGAUUCUACAAACCACCCCAUAGUGUAUUUAUGUACGUAGUGAGUGAGUCAAUUUACAAUUUACAACAUCCACCACCAGCGCCAGCAAUAAUAUUUGAACAGAAAAUCUGUGUACUACAACCAACCUCACCCCUCUCUUGGUAGGAGUAGAUAUAGUGCACUUUACUGUGGUUUGUUUUAAAAAACAAUAUAGUAGAAUAUAAAAAUAUUGGUUUUAAAUUUGCAACAACCACGACUCCGUAACAUUGCUUCAAAAACAAGGCUGCUAUAAUGUCGGACAUGGAAUAUUCAGACAACGACGAUUAUGAUGACUACUACAAUUCAGGUGAAGACUGUGACGUGGAGCAUCUUGAUCCUAAAAAAGCAGAUCCUGAAUAUUUUGAAUAUGAAUGCUUAACUGUUGAAGAAGUGGAAAAAUUAUUAAACGAAUCGGUAGAAAAACUAAGUACGUUACUACAAAUCACACCUUCACUGGCAAAAGUGCUAUUGCUUGAACAUCAAUGGAAUAUACAGAUUGUGGUUGAUAAAUACCGAGACAACGCUACACAAUUGUUAAUAAGUGCACGCAUCAAACCUCCUACUGUAGCAGAAUCAUCAAGCCAAAAUGUAUCAGGCGCAGCGUCAACCAGUGCAGCGGCCAAGGAUAUAAGCAGUGGUAGUGCCGCAAGUAGUGGGAGUGUUGGAAGUGGGCAUGGUCUUUUAACCACAUAUUUUAAAACUGUAGCAGGAGGUAGCAUUAGUACACCAUAUCGUAGCCAAAUGUGUCCCGUAUGUGCCACAGCGCAAUUGGGUGAUAAAUUCUAUAAUCUCUCGUGUAAUCAUUCGUUUUGCCGAGAUUGUUGGUCCAUGUUUUUCGAGACGCAAAUAUUUCAAGGCAUCUCUACACAGAUAGGUUGCAUGGCACAAAUGUGCAAUGUGCGUGUUCCCGAGGAUUUAGUACUCACGUUGGUGACACGUCCACUUAUGCGAGACAAAUAUCAACAGUUUGCUUUUAAAGAUUAUGUUAAAUCACAUCCAGAAUUACGUUUCUGUCCAGGACCCAAUUGCCAAAUUAUCAUACAAUCUCGAGAUAUACGCGCUAAACGUGCUAUGUGUAAAGUAUGCAAUACCUCAUUUUGUUUUAAAUGUGGUACGGACUAUCAUGCGCCAACGGAUUGCCAAAUUAUUAAGAAAUGGCUAACCAAGUGCGCCGAUGACAGUGAAACUGCUAACUAUAUAAGCGCCAACACCAAAGACUGUCCUGAAUGUCACAUCUGCAUAGAAAAAAAUGGCGGAUGUAAUCAUAUGCAAUGCUUCAAUUGUAAACAUGAUUUCUGUUGGAUGUGUUUGGGUGAUUGGAAGAAUCAUGGCUCAGAGUACUAUGAGUGCUCGCGCUAUAAAGUCAAUCCAAAUAUAGCGAAUGAAUCUGUUCAUGUGCAGGCGCGUGAAGCUCUCAAAAAAUAUCUACAUUACUAUGAACGGUGGGAGAAUCAUUCAAAGUCUUUGCAGUUGGAACAGCAGACCAUUGAUCGUUUGCGUAAGCGAAUCAAUGAAAAAGUAAUGAAGGGUAGAGGUACAUGGAUCGAUUGGCAAUAUUUGUUCAACGGUGCAUCGCUGUUAGCAAAAUGUCGUUAUACACUGCAAUAUACCUAUCCAUAUGCUUAUUUCAUGGAUACCGGUUCACGCAAGGAUUUAUUUGAAUAUCAACAGGCACAAUUAGAAGCUGAAAUUGAAAACUUAUCUUGGAAAAUUGAACGUGCCGACACAGAAGACUUGGGUGAGCUCGAAAACCAAAUGGAUAUUGCUGAAAAACGUCGAACUACAUUGCUUAAAGACUUCUUCGCGGUAGACGUGUAAACACAACUUGUAUUCAAUUGGAUAGCAUAGAAUAUAUUGAAAUCGAUUUGAAUGCAUUGUGUGGAUGCGUGAUCAUAGAUAAAACUAACCAAUAGCGGAUUUAUUGCAAUAUAACGCAUUGCGCCAAAUUUAGUUAUGUAGCCAUAAAUUUACAAGUGAAACCUGUAAAUCUAUACAAUUUUUAAUAUUGCAGAUAUUCUAAAUACUAAUUUCAUAGUAUAAUUCAGUACCUUUUCAUUUUAAAAUAAUAUAACAUAAGCCUUUAUGUUUAAGUAUUCUUCAGAGAAUUAGUUUAAUUUAGAUUUAAAACAAAAAACAUGAUCUUCAUAAUUAUUAUGAUUUUCUGAGCUUCCGUUUAAGCUUCAUUUCGCAAUAAUAUAUUUUAACAGGUUUCCUCUAUAAAGUUUUAAUAUGAAGCAGCUAUGACUUUAGGCAUUAACUAGGCAUAAGUUUUAAACUACGAAUAUAUAUAAACAUAUAUAUAAUAUUAUUUCUUUUUACUGCAAAAGAAAUUUUAAC